AUGGGCUGGCCUUUGUUUGGGGAAACUCCUGGUUUCCUUCAGCCUCACAAAUCAAACUCCAUGGGAAAUUUCUUGCAAGAACAUUGCUCUAGGUAUGGAAGAGUGUUCAAAUCUCAUUUGUUUGGCUGCCCAACAGUAGUUUCCUGUGACUAUGAGCUUAACUCGUUUGUUCUUCAAAAUGAAGAGAAGCUAUUUCAGGUCAGCUACCCCAAGGCCAUGCAUGGCAUUCUUGGCAAGUUCUCUUUGCUUAUUGUUUCGGGGGAUGUUCACAAAAAGCUACGAAAUAUUGGCUCCAGCUUCAUCAGUGCCUCUAAAUCAAAGCCAGACUUCCUUAAUUGUGUGGAAAAGAUGUCUAUCUCAAUGAUGAAUUCAUGGAAAAAUUGUAAAGAAAUUGGCUUCUAUAAAGAAGUUAAAAAGUUUACAGUCAAUCUUAUGGUGAAGCAUCUUUUAAGUAUUGAACCAGAAGAGCCACUGGCUUUCAAGAUCCUGGAAGAUUUUCUAACUUACAUGAAAGGGUUUGUGUCUUUGCCAGUAUACCUCCCUGGAACACCUUAUGCCAGUGCAGUGAAGGCUAGAGCAAGGCUUUCUGCAACUGUUAGAGAGAUUAUAAAAGAAAGGAAAAAGGAGAAGUUAGAGCUUUCAAAAGGAGAUUUCUUGGAUGUAAUUUUGUCAAAAGGGAGUCUGAGUGAUGAAGAAACAGUUAGCAUUGUGUUGGACAUAUUGCUUGGAGGCUAUGAAACAACAGCAACACUCAUAGCCUUGAUUGUCUACUUUCUUGCCCAUGCUCCAAAUGCUUUAGAAAAUUUAAAGCAAGAACAUAAAGCAAUAAGGAAAAGCAAAGAGGAUGGUGAACCCUUGAGCUGGGAAGAUUACCAGAAAAUGAAAUUCACCUGCAAUGUUGUUUACGAAGCUAUGAGGUGUGGAUAUUUCAUUCCCUCGGGAUGGAAGAUUCUUCCAGUCUUCACUGCAACUCACAUUGAUCCAUCUCUUCAUGAAAAUCCUAUGGAGUUCAAUCCUUGGAGAUGGACUGAUAAAGCAACAAGCAAAAAGGUGAUGCCAUUUGGUGGUGGUCCUCGGCUAUGUCCAGGGGCUGAGCUAGCUAAAGUAGAGAUUGCUUUCUUCCUUCAUCAUCUUGUCCUGAAUUACAGGUAAAAUUUCAGCAUCUAAAGUCCCAUUAAUAUAUAACAUGUCAAC